AGACCAAACUAGAGGCUACCAGAGCCGCAGUUUUUACGGUGUGAGUCGGAGAAAAUGGAAUUGACAUGGCUGUUGAUGGCUUUUCUAACUUUACAGUUUUGUGGAGGUGAUUUCAGCGUAGCCGGAUUAGGUGAUGGUGGCAGGUGGCAGAAAUACAUUGAGAAGAUCACAGAAGCCGUACAGCAACACAAGCCUUGCAGCCCAAACAACUGCAGUUGCCACCUCAGUGUCGUAAAGGAUGACCUACGACCUUUCAGUGGGGGAGUGUCUGAGGAUCUCAUGGCAGCCACGAUUCGUCGUGGCGUGGGCACCCAUUACCAGAUAAUUGACCAUAAGCUGUAUCGGGAGCAGAACUGUAUGUUUCCAGCCAGGUGUAGCGGUGUGCAGCACUUCAUUCUUCAGGUGAUCGACAGGUUGCCAGAUAUGGAGAUGGUGGUGAACGUGCGGGAUUACCCCCAGGUUCCAGGUUGGGUGCAGCCCACCCUGCCUGUCUUGUCUUUCAGUAAGACUGCUGACUAUCGGGACAUCAUGUAUCCGGCCUGGACGUUUUGGGAGGGAGGGCCGGCUGUAUGGCCCAUAUACCCCACUGGAUUGGGACGAUGGGACAUCAUGAGGGAUGACCUUCAGAAGUCAGCGGCAGAGUGGCCGUGGGCGAGGAAAGACUCCAAAGGGUUCUUCAGAGGCUCCAGGACUAGUCCUGAGAGGGACCCCCUGGUGCUUCUGUCCAGAGAGGACCCAGAUCUUGUGGAUGCUGAGUACACCAAGAACCAGGCCUGGAAGUCUGAGAAGGACACACUGGGGAGACCCCCAGCAAAGGAGAUUCCCCUGGUCGACCACUGUCAGUACAAGUACCUAUUUAACUUCCGAGGUGUGGCGGCCAGCUUCCGUCUGAAGCACUUGUUCCUUUGUGGCUCCUUGGUGUUCCAUGUUGGAGAGGAGUGGCUGGAGUUCUUCUACCCCCAGCUGGUGCCCUGGGUUCACUACAUCCCUGUCAAACAGGACCUCUCUGACCUCAGGGAACUGCUACUGUUUGUGAAAGAAAAUGACGAUGCUGCACAAGAGAUUGCCGUUAGGGGUCAGCGAUUUAUCCUGGACCAUCUGAGGAUGGAGGACGUGUCAUGUUACUGGGAGAGGGUUCUCACUGAGUUUGGGGGACUGCUCAAGUACAGACCUAAGAGGAAGACCAACUACAAUCAAGUUAUCCACAAACCUGGGAAAACUGAACUGUAAUUCAGCCGAGGGUGGGGGCACUAUAAAUGGUAGAAGCAGUUUCAGUUAAGGACAGGCUGCUAAAUCUUCACAAUUGUUUUUUUAUAAAGGUCCCUAAUGCUGAUCUUCACAUGUAGGCUUUGGUCACUCCAUAGGUUCUCUAUUGAGUUAGAUGUAAUGGAGUACCUUUAAAGUAAUAUGUAAUAGAAGAUUUAGGAGUAGAAAAGCACUAGAAUAAACAUCCAUAGCUAGUUGGGAUUGUCAUUGGGACUAGCACACAACAAGUAGCAUCAAUAUUGGUUCUAUCGCAUUGUUUAAAGUUUGUAGUUAUUUCGUGUUCAAAAUAUUUGCAUUGUUAUGCCUUCCAAGAAAGCUAGGGUAGAGGAGUCAGAAAGAACUUAAUAGUGUUUGCCAUGAACUGAUUUCAGUUGUUUAUUUACAACCUGAAAUUACAUGGAACUCAAAAAGCCAUAGAUUGACUGGUGAAUGGCUCCCUAGGCAAUGUUUAUUUGCUUUCGCUUACUGCCCUCUAGUGGGUGACAGAAGAAACUGUAUACCGCUUACUGCCCUCUAGUGGGUGAAAGAAGAAACUGUAUACAGCUGAAGACUUGUUGCUUAGUUUAGCACAUCUAUGCAGUUUAUUGCCAAUGGCCCGUUCCACUUUGCACACAACCAAGACACUCAUCUCACCUCAGACUGUUACCUCUGUUCAAGUACAAUUUUUUUUAUUGAGAUUCAUUAGCGCAUGAAACUGUACAUUUUUUAAGCAAUACAUACUCAACACCAAGUGCCAAUAAAACAUUAUUCAUUAAUGUAAAAGGACAUGUUGUCAAACCCACAGUCAAUACAAACUUGGACCAUGCCAUGGCGAAGAACAUUAUUUAUAAGCCACAGUAGUGAUCAUGUUGAAUAUGUUGUAAUGUGUGUGUUAGUCUUCUCAUUCUACAACAAUGGUAUUCACUGUCCACAUAUGUAAUGUUCUUUGUGCUGGGUUUUUUAGAUAUGAAAAUCAUGUAGAGGUACAAAGGCAAAAAGCUAUGUUCACCUUGCCGGUUUGUCAGAAUACUUUAUGCACAGAGAUUGUAAUAUUAUUUUAUUAUACUGUCAGGGCUGGCUCAUUUACCUGCAAAAUCAGUGGAAUUGUUUUAAUCUGUUUCAAUUCUGAGUAAUGUAUGCUCUCUUUGACUACAACAUAAAAUAUAUUGUCAUAGGAUUC